AUAUAUAUAUAUAUAUAUAUUCGUUCGUGUACGCGAUUGCUGAUGCUAUUGCACAUAAUUUUGUUCGUGUACUAUCACUUGCUUGCUUUUUUAUUCCAUUCCCAUUUUUGUAGCAGAUUGCAAUACUGUGCCUGGUAGUGCUUCGGUUUUUUAUUUUGAAUAUUAUUUUGUGGUUGCACAUUGCGCAUGAUCGAUACGGCGUUGAUUCCCUUUGCUUGAGAAACUGGUUGUAAAUCAUCCUCGUGGUUGUGCUUCAUUUCGUGUGCACAGCAUACACGUUUUUGAACUGUUAAUUUGAAUUUGUGGGUGAUCUUUGCCUUGAAUGCUCUGUAUAGAAGCGUGCUUAUUUCUCUUUUUUUUCGAAUCAUAUUUUGUAUUUUUAAAUUUUUUUCUUACAGUGUGCUUCAUUGUGCACUGUUAAACUUUAUUGUAAUAUUGAUGUUUUUGCUUGAAAAACUGCUUAUACCACAUUUAUUGCUUUAAUGCUACCCUGGCGGAUGUGCUUCGGUAUUUCCUUGUCGAUUCUUCUUUUCAGUUUUUUUGUCUUUUUAAACAUGACUGUCUUUGUAAUGCCCACCUGCUAUGCUCUCAACUGAAAGUGGCAGUAUUGAAAAUAAAAUAAAUAAAUAAAGAUGUGCGUGUGUGUGCGUGCGUGCGUGUGUGUGUGUGUGUGUGUGCGUGUGUGUGUGUGUGUGUGUGUGUGUGUGUGUGUGUGUGUGCGUGCGUGCGUGCGUGCAGGCGGAGGGGGACGUCCGGAAAGCUAGUCGAUGCGAAGCCCCGCCCUCCUCCCGGAAAAAUGAAAACUUUCCGCCUACGCCUUUCGGCACGGUGAUUACCGUACUUUCGUUCAAAAUUCUGUGUCACGUCUUUGUCAUGCGCUACACAGCUUCGCUGGUCAUCCAUCUCCACACAGUAGAAUGGCUCAUGAUUUUUUAUCCUAUCGCCUUUUCUUUUUUUUUUUUUCAUUACACUUAUAGGAUAGUGCUUUCAGCCUGGCGUGUAUAUCUAAAGGCCUAGUUUGCCUCAUAGACUGUUGAAGGCGCAUGCAGUGUUCGAAGCAAUUUCUUCGCGAAUUUUCUUUGGGGGCAAAAGUCACAUAUCGCAUGCGCAGAGGAAGCAUUUCCGUUUUCUUUUUGGCUGCUCACGGCUGCAGCGAACUGCUAGAUUAUGGUGAACAUAUAGCGCAAUGAUAAAUAUGCUGUCAAUUUGGUGGCCGAUAUCGGGACCCUUAUCACUGGGGCGACAUGUCGACAAAUUGUUGCUGCGUCUUCUGAUCUGUGCGAGUGCUCGAUGCGCUACGCACUUAAAUAGGCUGCAUGCAACGAAGUGACAAGAGCCAAUACUUGUACGAAAGAAGGACAGUCGCCGCAGUGUGCAAGUCCAGGCCCAUGGCGACCGCGUCGACAGCCGAGACGGCUUCCGAGAAGAGAGGCGCCUUCGGCAGCGAACUUCGCAAGACGUGUACCCAUAAGAAGACCCGUGUAUGUCGACUACUGCGACACCUGACAGAGUGCAACAAGAUCUUAUGGCAUGCGGGCCUGCAGCUAAGAGAGGACGCUCGAGAUGACCUCGGCGACGUCAGCAUCGCGAUGGUGCCAGUGCUUUGCCGCGGCUUUCCGUGUUGCCGUUCCGCGCUUCACGACGAGGAGGAGGCAGUGCAUCUCAUGCGCGGUCUCUUGACUGUACACCGAUGCAUUGUUUCUGUACAGGUGAAUUACUGCUUUGCGAAAAACCGUUCUCUGCUCGAAUCCCUGGUGUCUUCGUCGAGCGUGAGAAGACUCAGCAUCUUUGGCAUACCGAGCGACGAACGGGAAGCCCUACAGGAUCUCGCCAACGCCAUCGGGUCACAGGACUCAGUCUCGGAGUUGGUGUUUCUGGACGGCUACGAACCGUGCGAGGCGAAAAUGGCGAUCCCCACUCGUCUGUUGGAACGGCGUAGUGCCAGGGUUACUAAGCUUGACGUCGCCGACUUGGAAAUGAGUCCGCGCAUGGCCUGGAAGCUAAUCGAAGCGCUCAUCGCGAACGGCACCAUCACGGAACUCGCCGUCGGCGCCAGCGUCUUCGCCUGCGGCCCCGCCAUCAACAUGCCAUCCGAAUGGUUCGCGCAGUAUCUGGCCAAGGAAAAUGCGACCCUCCGAAAGCUCAUUCUGAGAGCGCGUUACUUUAGCAACCCGUCGGGGCUGCGGACCUUGACCGAAUCUAUUUCCGCUAUGACGACGUUGGAAGACCUCGUCGCGCAGUGGCACGCCAGAAGCCGAGACUGCUCGAUAUUCUCGACAGUGGUCAGCGCCAGCCGGUCACUUCGCAGUUUGAGCUUGCGCUUCGCAGGCUGCUGCAGCGAACUAAUUCCCCAGUACCGAGCUCGAGGGAUCGAGGCGUUCGACGUUCGGCCCUGGCUGUCGGCGUUGAGGAAAAACAACGCUUUAAAGAAACUAGUCCUCGACAUUCCGUGGUCCUCAACCAAGGACUGCUGUGCCUUACUACAAGAGCUCCGGAGUAACGACUGCCUCCAAAAACUUAUCUUGCGUAGUCUUCCCGACGACGGCGGUCUGCGUGAAGUUUGCCGAGUCAUUCGGGACGGCGGCGUUGGCCACAGAGUUGACAUCGAAGACCACCACGUUGGCCCCGGUGACGUGCCAACGCUUUCCGAUUCCAAAGAACUCACCGCCGUCACGGUCAGUUCGCGACACUUUUUCCAAGACGUGAAUUGUCUACGACGCGCUUUCGAAGUCCUGACUUCUUGCAAACACGUAACGUCGCUUUCUGCGCGCUGUGAUCGCUUCACGGAAGACAUCUUUGCGUCACUGACUGCUUGCAUAAAAGGCGCAACCACUUUGAAAGAAAUUAAUCUGAACAUCGAAGUCGACUGCUUCCGUGGAGAAAGAGGCGAGAGUGUCACUAGGUCGGCCAUGUUGGACUUGUUACGCGCAUUGUCGUCCUCGCGAAGCCUCGCGAAGAUUACGCUGGAGUGGACCAUGCAUUUGGGCGACGAGCACGCGCAAGCGCUUGCCGACUCAGUUCUCACCAACCGUCGGCUUUACGAACUCUCGCUCAGGGUUGUUGGCGAGGCUUUCUGUGCAUCGAUCCUCGGUCAUCUCAACCCGGGCCUGGCGCAAAACUACAGCAUCCUUCACCUGGAGCUUCCCACCAGCCCACAGUGUAGCGCUGAGAUCGCCGCUGCGCAGGACAUCGUCCGACGCAACUGCAGCCUCGUCGACCGAGCGACCAGGUUUGUGAUGGGAGACCACGAACCGUACUGUGCGCGGGUCGUCGAGCUUGUCUCGUGGCACCCGAAGCUCGUCGACAAUGUUCGUCGUAGGGCAAACGUGACCGAAAACGAAGCAGCGGCCAUCAUCAGAAGCGCUCUGCGGCUUCCGUGCCUCACCGACAUGCACGAGUUCAUGAAGCUUAUCGGUGUCGUCGAGGAACGCGUUCAGUGCCGCAUUCGGCGGGACGGCAACACGCAGCUCGACCAACUGAACCACGACUGCUGGCUGCGCAUCCGUCGGUACCUGAAGGUGGCUGACGUUGCGGAUCCCUGAGGCUCGCUUACCAAGUCAUUCUUCUGUGUGCACCGCGCCGGUGGAACACCGUUGUGAAUCAUCUUCUUUCAAAAAAUAUCCUCCAUUCGAACGCUUGCACCCCCAACCCUUGAACCUUCACCAUGCCCCGCAGGUCUUUGCAGUCGUAAACUUUAGACUGAAACAUAGAUUUUCCGGAAAACAGCGAGUACCCUAUUGACUCGUACGUGUGCGCUUGUAGCUUGUCCGUGGAGCAGGCGGCAUUCAGUUUUACUUGUGCGUCGUUAGCUGCGAUCAACUCGAGGUGCACGCACACGUGAUAGCAGCCGUAUUAACAACGAACAAUGAGCCAGAAGGUACUGAUACACCAGCCGCUUCGUGAGCAUGCGCGUCAUCUUGCAGAACAUUGUAGCCGCUAACUCAAAAUUCGAUGCAGGAACUGAACCCGUGGUAUGGUGAAAUUUCGCCUUCGGAAUUUCUGCGUGCUCUCUCGAACGUCAUGGGUCAAUGUACGAAUGGGCACCACAAGAGUGGUAAAAUGCUGUCUGCGUGAAACGUUUUUGUACUGCAUACCACAAAAGUAUAUUACAUGCGCAUGCCACAAACUGUUAAUGCGAGAGCGGCCAUAAUCUCGAGGAUCAUUUUCUUCAUUACAUCCUGCAUAACUUCCAGAACCUUCAUCAGCACUUUCAUUCUAUUCUCCCAUAUUCUCGACAUGCAGGAGUCAUGUCGAGGCUUGACAAGCCGCAUCUACUCUGGUGGUUUCCAUUACCAAAGAAUAUUCUUUUUUCUUCCGUUUAUUUUCAUCCAACAACGAAAGACCGUUUUUUUUCCUUUGCUAUGGUCUGAUCACUAUUUCUUUUAUAUCUCGUCAAUGCAAGCCAACAACACAAUGAGUAUUUCAUCAACCUCGCUUUUAACAGCUAUGUUAUCCGCUACAACCUUGCAAGACUUUAGAAUCGGACGUGACAUUUGUCCUAACGCAAUUGAUCAUUUUAGUUGUCUGAAUAAAGAAUUUUUAGAACUAUCGCGCGUUGCUUACACUCGAAGCACAUGAACGUGGCCUCAUGGUUCGGUGUUGAUGGCAGCUUGCGUCACACCGUUCCAAGCGAUUGCUUGAAGCAAAGCCAGUAACGACCACAACAAUUUUACCAGAAAUCUUUAUCAAAUGCACAAGCUCUUAGUACCCACAUGUAAGGAUCGACGUGAGCUUACAGGGGACCCAAGCUGGCGCGAAUGAGGUUUAUUUAAGAGCAGCACAUUCAGCUGCAGAUAUGCAAUGGCCAUAGCAUGGUGUUCACUUAGGUAGCCGUCUGGAUAGACAGCUAUAUAGGCGGAAAGAAAACUAGUCUCUCAAUAUCAGGAAUGCUAUUCGCGUUAAACGUAUAAGGACUUCAGUCCUAAAUCCGUCCGUAGAUGUUCUAUGCAAUUUAAAUGUUUUUCUUCUUUCUGUUGGCAUCAAACAAACGCUACAGUGGGACUCGUUGAACGUGCAUGAAACAGCUCGACGAACAUGAUCGAAUACAGAUUGCUCAUGCAGAC